CUGAUCCUACCGCACACCACUCCUGACUCUAGAAAAAAGACUGAGUAGCUCUUGUCUGGCUGAACGAAAUUGCCCGAGAGACGAUAUGGAGUCAUCGAUUUCUCAUUCCGGUGCACGAUGGAGGCCAAGCAUUAAGAUCUCCCAUAGCGUCUGUGCUUCCCUUCCUCGAGAUCCAGAGGCAUUAGCUUAGUCUGGACUACCUACUUGCAAUUGGCUGGCUGGAAGCGUAAGAAACGGAGAGUAACCCUCCAUCCAUACGAGUUGCUCUCCUAAACCAUGGUGACGAUGGCCCGUUCCCGUUUCCAUCCUGGAUAGGAGUCUUCUAGAUCAUGUGAGGAAAACGCGGCCGAUAACUAAAGGGUAUCUUCGAUUUUACGGUCAAAACUACUGACUUUAUACAUUCCUAAUCCUUACACGGGCUUUGGUGUCGUUAAUUGGCUAGUGGGGUUUUGACUACUAAAGCUUAGGUGGAUUUGAUAUCCUCCCCUCGAAAUGGCCUUGAAGCACGCCCUCCGCACUCUCAAUUGCUUGUAACUCGUCUGGGCUAUCUCCUUGUCAAUCCCAAGUAAAAUGUGGAUAUCCCCAUGGAUCAAGUGUGCAUUGAACCAACUUCCGCGGUAUCAAAAGGCGAAAUAAGAUUCUCAUUCUAUUUUCAAGCCGCUUGAAUUCCUAGAUCGUCAUGCCAAAUCUUCGAUUUCCCCGAGUUUUUGGAGCCUCCAUACUCCUAAUAUCACGCUACCCCGCAAAAAAUAAGAUGCCUUGCUUGGUCGGCAAAAUAUUGUGAAAUGGCCGAGAUGGCAUAUGCUCGUGGGCCGUACAAAAGUAACCUGUUCCCCAGGUUCGAAUACACAUUGGUCAUUGCAGAGACGUCUUAUACCCGAGCAUCUGCAAGUGUCCGGGAAGAUAGUGUUAAGUUGAAACGAUGGACACCAAAUCCGCCAGCGUUGAAGAAGUUGAGAAUCCCUCUCUGGAGCGGCACAGGGAGAAGAAUGUGGAAUCUAGCCUUGAGCAAACGUAUAUCCAUGCUGGAUUGACUCCUGAAGUGGCUUCUUUUCUCGCAAACUUCUCCGAGGAGCGAAGAAAGAAAUGCAUUCGCAAAAUCGAUUGGCAUCUAUGUCCCAUGCUCAUGGUGUUAUACCUUUGUGCAUACAUCGACCGCGCCAAUAUUGGGAAUGCGAAGAUCGAGGGGCUGUUAACUGACUUGAAGUUAAGCGGUACUCAAUACAGCUUUGCAGUGUCAAUAUUCUUUCUUCCCUAUGUGAUUUGUGAGGUUCCUAGUAAUGGCAUUGCUAUGACCUUAACGGGCGUUGUCAACAAUUUCGGAGGGCUGGUCGCAACGCGCCUUGCCGUUGGAAUAUUUGAGGCUGGCUUCUUCCCUGGUGCGGUUCUACUAGUAUCUAGGUGUGCGCUGUCAGGCGCGUUUUCAGGUCUUCUAGCCUUUGCCAUUGCAAAAAUGCGAGGUAUUGGAGGCUACAAUGGCUGGAGAUGGAUUUUCAUCAUCGAGGGCCUGGCUUCUAUUGCACUGAGUGCUUUCGCCUUCUUCGCUUUGGUGGAUUCUCCGGCCCUCUCUAAGCGCUGGUUAGAACCAGAUGAGAUUAGAUAUCUUGAGCUUCGUCAGCGUGCUCAAAGAGGUCGUGUUGUUGUCGACGAGGAUCCCGGCAAGUUCGAUUGGAGUACCCUAUGGCAGGUUGUAACUGACUGGCAACUCUAUCUGCAAAUCAUAAAUUUCUGGGGUAACGCCGUGCCAAACUACGGGCUGAAGUUUACCAUGCCUCAGAUCAUCAAGAAUAUGGGAUACAGCUCAGCCAAAGCCCAGUCACUCACAGUUCCGCCAUACAUGCUCGGCGGCUUGGUCACCUACGUAUCUUCCCUUCUCUCCGAUCGGUUUUGUGUUGUCAUCGCUUUCGCGGUCCUCUUCUCGAAGGCGGAAAAUUUCAAAGACAACGUGGCUGCGUGUUAUUUUGCGAUUAUGUUCGCGUGUGUUGGCUUUUAUCCGAUCACUCCUGGCAUAAACGCUUGGACAGUCGAUAACCUCGCAGGCGCAAGAAAGAGGGCCAUGGGCAUCGCAUAUAUGAUCUCCAUUGGCAACUUGGGUGGUAUUCCCGGUUCUUUCAUCUACAUCGAGAAAGAGAAGCCAAAAUACCCAACCGGCUUUGGAUCAUCAUUUGCUUUCGCGUGUGCAGGAAUUGUGGCCACUAUCACAUUGGAGUUGGCUUAUAUCAGGAUUAAUAGGCGCAAGACGAAGAUGACGCUAGAGGAAAUACACUGA